AUGGCUGAGUGCUAUUCUUUCUCUACAAAUUUGUGCUCUCUAACUAAGGAAGGCGAAGAAGAUCAUCGGAAAAUCUAUCAGUACUUCACUGACUUGGUCUCUACCUUUUCAUGCGAACCUGGCGUCUCUAGCCUUCUACUUUAUCGGUACAACGGUUGGUAUGCAAGCCUACCUCCGAUGGUCGGCGUAAUGGCUGCCGGACGCCACUUCAAAGCUCAGCCCUCCAACGUGCUCCUCGCCACACUACCAAAAUCCGACACCACGUGGCUCAAAUCCCUCCUUUUCGCCACCGUACACAGCAUGUUGUACCCUGUCGAUGACAACUCUUGCCACCCUUUUACUUUCCACAACCCCCACGAAUGCGUCCCGUUCCUUGAGUACCAAGUUUACGUCGACAAUCAGAUCCCUAACUUGGAUGCGAUUCCUUCGCCGAGGCUCUUCGCCACACACAUGCCCUUUCAGUUGCUUCCGAAGAGCAUGACCGACUCUAGUUGUCGCAUAGUUUACUUAUCCCGCGACCCUACGGAUAACUUUACUUCCUUCUUUACUUCCGUGUGGCACUUCUCAAACAACUUGAGAGAGAAAGAGAAGAUCGAACCUUGGUCCUUAGACGAGGCCGUCGAUUACUUCUGCAACGGCGUCUCGCCCUUCGGGCUGUAUUGGGAUCAUUUGCUUGGGUAUUGGACGGCGCAAUCGGAGCAACCGGAGAAAGUGCUUUUCCUCAAGUACGAGGAGAUGAGAAAAGACCCUUCGGGUAAUGUUAAGAAGCUGGCGGAGUUCGUAGGAAACCUUUUUACGCCGGAGAAGGAGGAAGGGGGCAUUAUCGACGGCAUCAUAAAGCUAUGUGGGUUCGAGUCGCUGCGGGAUUUGGAGGUGAACAAGAGCGGGAAGACGGAGCUGGUUUUCGGGUCUGUCGAGAACAGUUUGUUCUUUCGGCACAGAGUGGCGGGAGGCUUGGUGAAUUACCUGACAUCCGAGAUGGCUCGACGUAUCGACCAAACCACGGAGAGUAAGUUGAAAGGACAUAGACUGACCUUCUCAUGA